AACAAAAAAAAUUUGUUUAAAAUGGCAUUUCACACCAUCAUCUAACAUGCACCAUUUGAUAGUUUAGCUCUGACACCUUUGCAAUCUAUACCGAUAUCAUCUAUGGCUAUAUUGUCUAUAGUAGUACAUGUGUUCAGCGCCAGGGAAUAUGCAACAUUUCUCUUCAUGCGCCACGCUCAGCUUUUGAAACAAAUUUGACGGCAUUAAAAAUUCAACGUCACUGUCGGAACACCCAAAGGCAAUCAAAUUUAUUGCGCUCAUCAACGCGUCGUGUGCGAUUUACGAAAUAUGCAACACAUAUGUAUGUAGGUUCUUACCUUCACUUUCUUUCCACGUCGUCCCCGAAGAAAACUCAAUUCUGCCCACACGUUUUCACACACACACACACACAAGUCUAUCUGCAUACAGACUACUUCCAAAUUGUAUACGUAAACGAAUUAUUUAGAAGUGUAUGCACGAGCACACCCUUACAUAUACACAUACGUAUGUGUACUAAUUGAAAGCGAAACAUCACAACCACACACAAGCGUUUUAAUUUAAUAUCACUAUACACGUUGUUGUUGUUGCCGAAACAUUGUUGCCGUCAGUUGUUCAAUCUGGCUGCCAAUCUACCUGCACACAUACACAUACACACAUCUAUGAGUAUAUAUGAAUUUGUGUCUCUGCAACUGCCACACAAAGUGAAUUGCUGAGAAAAAAAGUAAAAAAGGCAAAAACACUGCAAACAAACUACGCACAUUUCACUUCAGCGACGCGUACUCAGCCAUAACGGGGUUUUUGCGCCUCCUUAACGCCAUCUACGCAAUAAAAUAAGUCACUUUGAAGUCUAAACGCCGUCAAGGAAACGUUCUUACAAGCCGCUCGAAAGCAUAGAAACGCGAAAAAACGCUGUCGUUUUCGUUUGGUUGGGAUUUGAAGACGUAAUAAUAUAUUCGGCGCCACAUUUGCCGCAUCAAUCGGCGCCAACCGAACCACUAACCCACGCCCUAACAGCGUUAGAUACCCUAUUCCCCCAACAGCCGGAAAUAUAGUGGAUAUUUACAGUGUGUUUCGUGCAAGCAUUUCUGGUUAGUGUUCGGCAUCGUCAUCGUUUUGAUUAACCAACGGGAAUUCUGUGUCUGGUGGUUUGGUUCCGAAUAAGUUUUAGUGCUACAAAGUAAAAACCUUCCUUAUGAUCGGAUCAUUUUGGAAUUUGUGUAGAGCGUGCCCAUCAAUGCCGGUCGACAAGCAGCUCCAUUCGGAGUAUCGGAGCACUUAUCGCUGGCAUGAGUUCACAGGCAAUUCGCGGCCAGAAGUGGUGCGUCGUGCGCCAGCGCCCAACCCAAGUCAGUUCAUCGCCUCAUUAACAGGUCCAACGAAUGAGCCACCAUUACCCAGGCGGAAAAAAUGUCCAGAAUUGGCAUACAAGUCGCACGAAUUCAUUAUCGGUUCAGAGUACACAGAUACGAGAGGUGGACAUGCUGGUGCCAAUCGGUUAGCCAGGUCGGAAGAACGCGGUACACCAUCGCGUCGGAGCAAAUCUGAGGGACCCCCAGCUGUGCCCAAUGGACGUGCGUAUGCCAUACCAGAGGAGGUUGAUGGACCGGCUAAAAAACAGGCGGGUGAGUCAAAUGGCCUAUUCAAAAAGACCAUCUCAAAAUUGAGCACAGAAUAUCGUUUGCAAUUCGUUUGGCCCAAUGUCCGACGAAUAAAAGGCAUUGAGUCCGGCGAUGCGGCGGAUCACCCCCGAAAAUCAAUAUCAAUGGGGGCGCUCAAAGCUAGCCAACAACAACAGCAACAGCAGCAACAACUGCAUCUCAGGCAACACCCACAACCGGCAAUGCCAACCGUUCAUAAAAAACGUACAACAAAUCAGAAAGAAGCUACACUACAUGAGCUGGAGCCGCUGGUUAGCGAUGCAGAAGAAAGCAAGCCACAAGAAAAACAAGUCACCAUUGUUGAGAAGGUCGAACGAAAAAUGACUAUACGGCCAUUUUCGCAAGCUUUCGACCAAGAACGCACCAAUCACUUCAUAACCAAGAAGGAAAACUUUGGCUUUGACGAGAUCAAGGGCGGCGUCGGUGUGGAUAAUAAGCAGCAACAGCAGCCGGAGCAGGAAGUGCUCUUGAAUGGCACAGCACCGCCACGUUCGCAGCCGAAUUUGGAUUUGUGGUUCAAGGAGGUAGUUGAACUGCGAAAGAAGGCCGGCGAGUACAAGUGUCGCGGUUGGGGCAUAGAAAUCGAUCCGGAGCUGUACAAGAAGCAAAAGGACCUUUGGGAGCAGGUUUCCAAGCGCAGUUCACUGUCUGCCUUAUCAUUAGCAUCUUCCGUGCAUAGACCUAUUACUAAGGAGGAGAAGGAGCAGGAGAAUAAUAAAAAAUCCAUACCAUUAAGUAAAGCCACACAAAAAACUCGAGUUCCUGGCCAUGCCCAUUUGCUUGAUAAUAAAGAUGAGAUUUCCGCACUGCCAGCUCGCUUUAACAAUAUACGUCAUCAUUUGGAGCGCACCACCGGUCCUGAUGUUGAGGAGGGUGCACUGCUGCCAUCGCCCACACGCGAAAAGCUAAUGCCGGCAAUCACCAAACGUGAGUCCGAAUCACAACGCGGCAGCCCCAAGAAGACGGCCGCCUCACGACACGGCUCACCACAAAAGGGCAGUCCACAGAAGGGCAGCCCCAAAAAGGUGAUCAAAACGCGUUCACAAUCCGUUGGUCCGGCCGAGCAUGUCUCGCCGAAACGUCAACUGCGCUCCGCCAGCACAGCGCCUAGCGCCCGGCUAACGGCUGGCAAGAAGACACCCGUUGUACCUCAACAUGCGACAAGCGCUGGAACGGCCGCAAGCGGAACCGCCCUCGAACGUAAGCCACGCCCAUCCACCCUAUCCACCACACUCCAUUCACGUACGAAGAGUAGUUCCCUACCACCGCCCAGCGGCAGAGCUCAGUCAGCUUCUGCUACUGCGGCUACCACUACUACUACAACUAACGCAGCAGCUGCAAAACAGUCGAGAUCCACACACGAACCCACGAAAUACCCGAAGUCCAAUCAGCUGUGCAAAAACUUCACACAAACUGCAUACGGUAUGCCCUUACUGCGCAAGAAGGAUAAAGACAAGACAAAUUUGAUAAAUCUUGGCAACAGCAGAGUUGGUGAGAGUCGCACUGUCAAAGCGCGUCCGAAGUCCACAGGUGGUGCCAUAAAUGUGACAGCGAGUGGUGCUAAGCCCGCCAGACCGGUUUCCCUCACCGAGGCCGUACUGCUACCAACUAAGGCGGCUACGACAACAAAGGCGACCACAGCUAAAAUCGCCGCUGAUGCCACGAAAAUUGAUGCAACAACAACAAAACCAUUGGCAAAAGAAUUGAAAAGCGAUAAUGAAACACAGAAAACAGCAGCACCAAAGGCAAAAGCUCCAGUUGUUGUCGCAGGCAAGGACGACCAAGGAUUGCAACCAGAACAAAAGGACACUGCAAUGCCACUCAAAACGGCAGAUCCCAUGAUGACUAGCGUAUUCGGCGCGCUACCAAAUGUUGGCGUUGACAGCAAAGAUGUCUCCAAUCUUAUGACUGCCAGCGUGUAUGGUGGAUUCGGUGGCAGUCGCGUCACUGUUGAUCCCAUGUUGACGAGUGUAUUUGGUCAAUUGCCUGCUGAAGAGGUUGCCGGAGACGCUGUACGCAAUAUUGCCGUUGGUGGUAGUGGCAGCGGUGGUGGUGAUGAUGUUGGUGGUGGCAGUGGUGUUGGUAUGGUUAGUGGUGCUGGUGGUGGUGGUGUUGAUGUCACAGCGGUCAAAACCGUUGAGCCAGUAUUGGCCAAAAAUCUCACCUUGACUGGCUUAACGGUACCAUACGCGCGGGAUCAUAAGAAAUCCGGUGAAAACGAUGCUGAAGAUGGGCGCGAUACUGCUAUAUCUGUGUCGAGUUGCAGCCCACAGCCGGCGCCUGAAAUACCUGAUGAGCCUAUUGUUAAAUCGCCACCAGAGCCUACACGCGUCAAAUCGCCAGAGCAGAUUUUAAUGCGUUCGCCGGAUCCGGUCAAUUGGACCGUGCCACUGGAUACAGGGAAAACAUUCACUGUUACGCAGAACGUGAAAGAGGGUGAAAACUAUAGUCGGCCACAGAGCGAAAUAAAGGCUUCGACUCCGGUUGAGAAGCCACCACCACCACCACAAUCGGCACCGCCACAACUAACCGAACAGGCUAAAAUGGACGCCUGGAAACAUGCCGAACCGAAGAUGGGCACCACAAGUCCAACCGGUACCGUUGGUGCUGGACGCUCAAUUGUCGCCACGCAGCCAACCGCUGGCGCUGGUGGUCUGCCAUCACCUCCACCAUCGCUGGCAUCAACAGCAAUAGCAACCGGUAAGCCAGUGCCUGGCUCAACAUUGCGCUGCCUCGAUGACCCCAUCUUCGAUGUGGACAUUGGCCAUUUGGGUGGUGGAGGUGGUGGUGUCAGCGCUGGUGGCGGUGGCAACACUUCGUCAUCGUCCACGUCGACCACCACGGCGGUGACAGCACGCACCACAGCGAACGAUGUGCUAGAAAAGGCUCGUGACCGUUUCGAUCGCUUCUGGGGCGGCAGCAAGGAGGAGCAUGUUUAAGUUGACGCUUGUUCGAAACCAAUUACAAUGAAACAAUGUUUAUUUCAAAUGAUAGACGCUGGUCGAAAUGAUGUUGGUGAUGAUGUUGAUUAUUUUGAUGAAAAUGUAAUUGCUAUUAAUGCAACGUAGGCCGCACUGAGGUUAGAGUUUUGAGGUACACCGCAUGAAGUUCAGCUGAGAUUUUUAUACUCAACGACAGACAGCCGGUUAGUCAAAUUCAUUAAAUAACUUUUAUAAUAAUUGCAAUAACAACUAAUUACUAUUAAAAUGUAUAACACAAAGUGAAUAUGUAAUAAUAAAAGCAAAUACAACAGAAAAAUCGGCAACACGAAACAUACAUAUGUGUUAAAAAACUAGCAUAGAAUAAAACAAGCAAACAAACAAGACAAGCAAAUAUGUAAUAAAAGUUUUUAGUGCAAAGUACUUGCAUGAAAGUCAUAGCAAUAAUAUGGAAAUCUAAAUAUUAAGUGUUUCAAACUAUAUACCUUCACAAACACACACACA